AUGGCAUCAUCAUAUCUGUCACCUUCUCACCGCUCCGCAAGCCAAGGAAUGACCACACCUCGGUGUGACCUUGUCAGACCAGAUGCGGUUCAACAACAGCACGAAAGAAAAAAAAGGGAGAGAGGAGAGAAGAAGAAAGGUCUUCUGUGA